AGCUGUGUGCAGAGCCCGGCUCUGCCCGUGGGCCUUCGUGCCCCCAUGAGCGCGUUUUGGCUUUUACAGCCACUCGUGCUAAUUUGCGUUCUGCGUAUGUCGCUGUGACUUGCGAGGAAGGUGGAACUCUGUGGUGUCACUCAGCGCCCGACUUGGUGCCGUUGGGAGCUGCUGGGAAAACUUUCUAUUCUAGGUGAUGUGAGCUGUCUUGCAAGAGAAGAAGCAGCCAUGUCAGCUCUGUGUCCACCACCAUCUCCUGCAGUUGCUAAAACAGAGAUCUCUAUGAAUGGCGAGUCACCUUUGUUAGCUGCCACUUUUGCUUACUGGGACAAUAUCCUUGGCCCCCGAGUACGGCACAUCUGGGCCCCAAAGACAGAUCAGGUACUUCUCAGUGACGGUGAAAUAACUUUUCUUGCUAACCACACCCUGAAUGGAGAAAUACUUCGGAAUGCAGAAAGUGGUGCAAUAGAUGUGAAGUUCUUUGUCUUGGCAGAAAAAAGGGUAAUUAUUGUGUCAUUAAUCUUUGAUGGAAACUGGAAUGGAGACAGAAGCACAUACGGACUAUCGAUUAUACUUCCACAAAGUGAACUUUCCUUCUACCUGCCUCUUCACAGAGUAUGCGUGGAUAGAUUAACACAUAUUAUAAGGAAAGGAAGAAUAUGGAUGCAUAAGGAGAGGCAAGAGCAUUUCCAGAAGAUUGUCUUGGAAGGCACGGAGAGAAUGGAGGAUCAGGGCCAGAGCAUCAUUCCAAUGCUAACAGGAGAAGUUAUUCCUGUGAUGGAGCUCCUUUCAUCUAUGAAAUCACACAGUGUUCCGGAAGAAAUAGAUAUCAGUGACACAGUACUGAACGACGAUGACAUUGGGGAUAGCUGUCAUGAAGGCUUUCUCCUCAAUGCAAUUAGUUCACAUCUGCAGACCUGUGGUUGUUCUGUAGUUGUAGGAAGCAGCGCAGAAAAAGUUAAUAAGAUUGUGAGAACGCUGUGCCUGUUCCUUACCCCGUCAGAGCGGAAAUGUUCCAGACUCUGUAGAAGUGAGUCUUCUUUCAAGUACGAGUCAGGGCUUUUUGUUCAAGGUUUACUCAAAGAUGCAACAGGAAGCUUUGUGUUGCCCUUCCGUCAAGUAAUGUAUGCUCCAUACCCUACUACACACAUAGAUGUAGAUGUCAAUACGGUGAAGCAGAUGCCCCCUUGUCAUGAACACAUCUACAACCAACGACGGUAUAUGAGGUCUGAGCUGACAGCAUUUUGGAGAGCUAAUUCAGAUGAAGAAAUGUCUCAAGAUCCUAUUAUCCACACAGAUGAGAGCUUCACACCAGAUUUGAAUGUUUUUCAAGAUAUCCUGCAUCGAGACACAUUAGUAAAAGCCUUCCUGGAUCAGAUCUUUCAUCUGAAACCUGGCUUAUCUCUAAGGAGUACAUUCCUUGCUCAGUUCCUGCUAGUCCUUCAUAGAAAAGCUUUAACUUUAAUAAAAUACAUAGAGGAUGACACGCAGAAAGGAAAAAAACCUUUUAAAUCUCUUCGUAGCUUAAAGAUAGAUCUCGACCUAACAGCAGAGGGCGAUCUUAACAUAAUAAUGGCUUUGGCUGAGAAGAUUAAACCUGGUCUGCAUUCCUUCAUCUUUGGGAGGCCAUUCUACAUCAGUGUGCAAGAGCGUGAUAUGCUAAUGACCUUUUAAAAUUCUCCACUGUUAAUGUGUAAUAUUGCAUGGCGCUGAGAGCAAUCUGUCGGUGUGAGCAGCAGGCUUGUGACAAUCAUUGACCUGAUGUAGGAGGGGUGGGUAGAAACAGAGUAGCGGUGCCGUCUGAAGCAGUCUUGUUAAGGGGAAUAUCAGCCUAGCUAGGUGAGCAUGAUUUGGAUGAACCCGUUUUUUCUGUGUGCUUUUUCAGUAGUAAAAGUAAACAUGAUCAGGAGUCCCUUUGCUGUAUGGGCUCACUAGGUAAAUUUGAAUGUGUUUUGGAUAAAGGAAGGCGUUGUUGUUUUCUUUCCCCACGAAUUUCUUUCAGGUGUGUCAGUUUUCCCCUGCUCAGUACAGAGCCAGAAUUUUCAGCGUUUCCACAAAAAAAAAAAAACCAACGGAUGCA